AUGGCGCGUCAUACAAGGAGAUCGCAUCAGCACGUGAACGACGAAGAUACAGGUAGCGAAAUAUACGAUAAAAAUGGGAUCAAGCACACGACGCCGAGGUCGCUGAAGAAGAUCAAUUACGCGGAAAUCGAAAACAGUUACGAUUAUAUGGAGGACUACGAUGAAGGAGACAAGGAAGAGGAGCCUGCAGAACUGGAGAACAACGGGCGGAGCAAGGGACUGGUAGGCCGCGAGCGCGGGCGGGAGCCGGAGGAGGACGAGGACGAGGAGGGGCCAGUCCGGGGGCGGCGCAGCCGGAAACGCACUUAUGUGGAUGUGGAGGAGGACGAGAGCUUCCACGAGGAGGAGGCGGAGGACGAGGACGAGGAGGCGCUGGACGACGAUGAGGACGAGGACGAGGAGGAGCGGAACUGGCGGCGGCGGCGCGAGCACCAGUUUGUUGUAGAGGACGAGGAUGAUGACGAGGACGAGGAGGACGACUAUGGAGCACAGAAAAAACGCGGCAGGCGGCGGACCCGGCGUGGCAGGUCGCGGCUAACAGAGCGGCGUUCGCCGCCACGCAAGCUGCGGACACGCCGGACGCGAUCGUCUGUGAACAUGUAUGACAGUGAGCAUGACGGGACUGGCGAAGCGUUGACGCUGGAGGACGAGAUUCGGGAACUGCAGGAGGAUUCGCCCAUCCGCGAGAAACGGUCGCUGCGGGAGCGCACAAAGCCGGUAAAUUACACGCUGCCCCCACCCCUGACUGAUAACCAAAUGAACGUUGAUGGCACUGCUGCACCAGCGUACGGGAGCUUCCAUUCUCCCAGAGGCAAGCGUGGGCUACACUCGGGACAAAGUUUUGGACCUAUCAGGCGAUUGUUUCCAACGGGCGGCCCUUUCGGCGGAAACGAUGUGACAGCUAUAUUCGGCCACAACACCAACUUUUAUGCAACGGCUCAAGAUCCGACUGUGGCCAAUAACAAGUUUAUCGAUUCGGACUCUUCAGAUGACGAAAUUUUGCCGCUGGGAAGUACCCCCAAACCAAAAAGCUCCGAAGCUAAGAAAAAGAAAAAGCCGGAGAUUGCAGAUCUGGAUCCGUUAGGAGUAGAUAUGAAUAUUAAUUUUGAUGACAUUGGCGGUCUGGAUAACUACAUAGACCAGCUGAAGGAGAUGGUUGCGUUGCCGUUACUCUAUCCGGAGCUCUAUCAAAAUUUCAACAUCACACCUCCGCGUGGUGUGCUCUUCUAUGGGCCACCAGGUACGGGUAAGACGCUUAUGGCUAGAGCGUUGGCAGCGAGCUGCUCAACUGAAAAGAGGAAGAUUACGUUCUAUAUGCGCAAGGGGGCCGAUAUCCUGUCGAAAUGGGUUGGCGAAGCUGAGAGACAGCUUCGACUGCUGUUUGAGGAGGCUAAGAAGCACCAGCCUUCGAUAAUUUUCUUUGACGAGAUUGAUGGCCUGGCCCCGGUUAGGAGUUCAAAGCAAGAACAAAUCCAUGCCAGCAUCGUAUCUACCAUGUUGGCGUUAAUGGAUGGAAUGGACAAUAGGGGACAAGUGAUUGUAAUCGGUGCUACUAAUAGACCGGAUGCAGUAGACCCUGCUUUAAGACGACCAGGUAGAUUUGACAGAGAGUUUUAUUUCCCUCUGCCUGACAUACGAGCCAGAGCGAAGAUUCUGGAAAUUCACACCAGGAAAUGGCAUCCUCCAGUAUCAAGUGCGUUUAUAGAAAAGCUUGCUUCUUUGACGAAAGGAUACGGUGGAGCAGAUCUUAGAGCGCUAUGUACAGAGGCGGCCUUGAAUAGCAUUCAGCGAAGAUUCCCGCAAAUAUAUCAAAGUGAGGUCAAGUUGGCAAUAAACCCAAGGGAAGUGCAGGUUAAAGCUAAAGACUUUAUGAUUGCUAUGGAAAAAAUUACACCGUCUUCCGCGCGGUCGAGUGGGAACUUGGCCGAACCCUUACCUCGUACCAUAGCGGUUCUGCUAAACGAUCAGUUCGAGGAAAUAAAACAAAAAUUGAAUAGCAUUUUGCCUGAAGCGUCAAGUAAGUCUCAUCGCGGUUCUUCGCUAAUUAAAGAAUACCUGGAGUACGAAGAUGAAGAAGAUGAAGAAGAUGGAGAAGAUAAUAUCGAAGGCACAGGUAUCCACUCGUCGAACGGCUUCAGCAGACAUGAAUUUUUCAAGAUGCUUGAUCAGGCUAGGACCGUUAAACCAAAGUUGUUAAUAACAGGUCCGGCUGGCAAUGGCCAACAAUAUAUUGGUUCCGCGCUUUUGCAUCAUUUAGAGGAUUACAAUAUUCAGAAUCUUGAUUUAGGCACAUUACUCUCGGAAAGUUUAAGGACAAUGGAGUCCGCUAUUGUGCAGACAUUUAUUGAGGCGAAAAAACGACAACCAUCAGUAAUCUACAUCCCUAAUGCUGAUAUUUGGUCAAGAACGGUCCCCGAAAGUGCCAUAAUGACCUUGGCAAGCUUAUUUAGAUCUUUGAAAACGAAUGAGAGAGUGUUACUUUUAGCUAUUGCGGAAGGCUUCACCGAAGAAGAGUUACAUAACACACCUUUGUCGUUAUUUGGCUUUGACCUGAAUAUUGUCUCUAUUAGAGAACCAUCUACUGCCCAAAGACACAACUACUUCAAAACUCUCGAAGAGUUACUGAAAAUGAAGCCCACUAAGUUUCGAGAGAAGAGGAAAAGAAAAAAGCCACUGCCGGUACUACCCGUGUGCGAUACUCCCAGCAACGAUGAUAUCGGUUCUGAUGGUGAACUAUUAACCGAAGACGAAAAGUUGAGGAGGAAGUUAAAAUCAUACCAUCACCAAGACAUGAAAUUGAAGAAUACUUUGAAGAUAAAGCUUUCCGGUCUGAUGGAUCUAUUUAAGGGGCGUUAUAAAAGAUUUAGGAAACCGCCCAUUGAGGAUUCCUUGCUUAUUCAUCUAUUUGAACCAGAAGCCUAUGCCUCAAAUCCUGAAUGGCAACCGGCUUAUGUAAGAGAAGAUGACAUGAUUUUAGAAGUUUCAACCGGCAGGAAGUACUACAAUAUGGAUUUGGAUAUUAUAGAAGAAAGGUUGUGGAACGGGUAUUACUCUGAACCGAAACAGUAUUUGAAGGAUAUCGAGUUAAUUUACCGCGAUGCUAAUACAACUGGUGACCGAGAGCGUAUAAUAAAAGCGUCAGAGAUGUUUGCAAACGCACAGAUGGGCAUUGAAGAAAUAUCUACGCCUGAGCUUAUCCAGGAGUGCAGGGAUACACGUCAAAGAGAACUAUUAAGGCAGCAGUUGUAUUUACGCGACCAGCAGAAAAAGAUACACGAGGAAGAAGCUAAGCUCGAGCAGGAGAAAAAGGAUCCGACUUUUCCAAAUGACGAUAAUCAUCCAGAAGAGGCCGACUUAAGCGUUGGGGCUGGACAGCAAUUGCAUAGCCCAUCACAAAUGUCUCAUGAGGCUUGUGAAAGCCACGCAGAAGAUGGACUGGGGGUACCACAUGGCUUUGAAAAUAACACAUAUGCUAUUGGAGAUAACACACCAGAGACGAUCGAUAACGGGUCUCCUAAACCCCUAGAGGACUUUUGCGGGGAAGACAAGACUGUCCCUGACGACAAAUCCGUGCCAGAACGAUUUGUUCAAGAGGGAGAAGCUUCUGAGAUGGGCUUUAUCCCGAAAACACCUUCCGCCAGACCCGUCUCCAUGCACUCAAAUCCAUCAAGCAAAGAAUCCGUAGUUGCUCCUAUGCAAAAGACUGGGUUAGAAGUGAACAGUAUCGAGGACACGUCAGUCGCUGUUCAAUCAGAACUGACCCGCGAUGAAGACUUACCCAUGACUCCUGAACCGGCCUUUAUCCUGGAUGAAACCGUUUUAGCGAAAAUAAUCUCGAUGUUGAAAACAAAAACACAGGGAUUUACAGUCGAACAGCUGGAAACAUGCUAUGCUGCCGUACUGGAGCUAGUAUGGGAGGCGAGAUCGUCAUGGGAUAAAACAAGUGUCAUUAAGCAAAUAGAAAAAUAUAUAGGCAUGUGA